AGACCUUUUGUCUCGCGAAGUUUUAUCUUCACAGCGCUUAUCACUCCUCCACCACAAGCUCAACCACCAACCAGUCAUCAUGCCAGGUCCCGUCGUCGAGGAAGUUGAAGCCGAGAAGAAGCUUCAGAACAAUGAGCCAGUGAUCGAGGACGUGAAAGAAGAAGAUGACCACGAAGACGACGCUGAAGAUUCUGACGAUGAUGACGAUGACAAGGAAGAUGGUGCUCAAGGUACCAACGAGAGUUCAAAGCAGAGCAGAAGUGAGAAGAAGAGUCGAAAGGCGAUGUUGAAGCUGGGCAUGAAGCCUGUUACUGGUGUUAGUAGGGUCACCAUAAAGAGAACCAAAAAUGUAUUAUUUUUCAUAUCUAAGCCUGAUGUAUUUAAAAGCCCAAAUUCUGAGACCUAUGUCAUCUUUGGAGAGGCGAAGAUAGAGGAUUUGAGCUCUCAGCUGCAGACUCAGGCUGCCCGACAGUUCAGUAUGCCAGACGUGGGAUCUGUAACGACAAAGCCAGAGAUUUCCACCGCAGCAGCUCAGGCUGAUGAGGAAGAGGAAGAGAUUGAUGAGACAGGGGUGGAGCCGCGUGACAUUGAUUUGGUGAUGACACAGGCAGGGGUCUCAAGGGGAAAGGCUGUCAAGGCUCUCAAGACUCACAGUGGAGACAUAGUUAGUGCUAUUAUGGAGCUGACUACUUAGGUAGGAUCUUUUAUUGAUCUUGAAGUGUUGCUCUCUGUUGACGGAGUUUUGGAAAUGAUCAUACUACUUUAAUCAUCGUUGGUACAUUAAACCCCCUUACUGGGUAGUUUUAUUUCAUUCUUUUCUUUUUGUUUGGAAUUGCAAAGAAGGCUUUAUGUGCUUUUCUAUUACUGGUUUUGCCUUCAUUAAAGGAUUAUAUGAUACCACGGAUGAGAGUUUGUAAUGCUUGAUAAAAUGGUUGACACUUGCUAUACUUGCAUUCCUAUUAUUCAUCACCAUAGGAGCUGACCUAGUUGGUUGACCAUCCCUUUCGUUUUGUUUUACUUGUUAGACCAAUGUGCUGUGUAUCUGCAUUGGAUUGCCGAUGAGAGGUCUAGUGGCAUGGCUUGCUUAGAUUGAAGAGUAUAAGAAUUAUAACAUGACUGCUG